AUGUUCGAUCCAAUAUGCGUUGCCAGAACACCUACGGCUAGAGAAAACAGUCAGCCGAAUGAUGGAGAAGACAGCCACAUCGAAUCAGGGGAUACCUUUUUCAGAAGCAUACAAUGGAGCGCAGAUGGGACAAGUUUGAUCGUCAGCCCAGCUGAUAAUUCAAUUCGGACGUUCAUUGUUCCUCCAGACCUGUUGGAAAAGACCCCAGAGCCAUAUGUUCUCACUCCAUAUUGUACAAUCCAGUCCAGUGAGCCUAUAAACGCCGUGGUCGCGUAUCCGUUCUUCAAUCUCGAGGACCCUUCUACGACAUUGGUAUUGUCUACGAAACGAGAUCAUCCGAUACAACUGAAUUCGGCCCUGACUGGUCAGCUGGGCGCCACCUAUUCAUUGAUCAAUCCCAUGACCGAAGCCUUCAUCAGCCCGCAUUCGCUGAUCUUCAGUCCUCAAGGUGACCGUUUCAUUGCUGGCUCGGAUUCUCUGAUUUCUGUCAUUGAUGUUUCGCGACCUGGGAACGAGCCUAUAUCGUCGCUUCCAACUGGUCCAAAGCGAGGAAGAGAUUCUGACUACAAUGCUGCCAUGAACAUGCGAGGGAUCGUCUCUGCACUGGCAGUGGAUGCCUCGACAGGUAUCCUAGCUGCUGGAACGUAUAACCGACACAUUGGCCUAUACGAUGCAGGAGGGCAAGGCGAUUGCAUUGGCGUCUUCUCUGUGAAGGGUACCGACGCCGACGCCAACAUUGGGGGCAGCGGAAUAACGCAAGUGUUGUGGAGUCCCUGUGGUAGGUAUCUGUAUAUCGCGGAGAGGAAAAGCGACGGCGUAAUUCUUUACGACAUUCGCCAGACAGGACAACUAUUGGCGUGGCUCGAAGGACGAAAGGCGCAAACGAACCAGAGACUAGGUGUUGAUCUGGUCUCCUCGGACACUCUGGGCUCCCCCGAGAUUUGGGCUGGUGGACUUGAUGGAAGCUUCAGAAUGUGGAAGGAUGCCCAGCAUGCCGAAGGCCCGGUUCUUCCAAGUUUUGACUUCAGAGCACACGACGACGUAGUUUCUGGCACUGCCGUUCAUCACGGCGGCGGUGUUCUUGCCACAUCGUCUGGUCAGCGUCAUUUCGAGCGUGAUUUUGAUGAGGAGCAGGCUACUGUGGUGACCCAUGACAACAGCCUGAAGAUCUGGGAACUGUGA